AUGAGAAACUCAUCGUUCGAAUCUGAUCCCGAUGCCUAGAUAUCAGAUCACAAUCAUGAAAACUUAGAUAAUGACUUAGCUGAAUAGGACUACUCACCCAAUGAAAACAAAUAAUCUUUCGCCCUCUUAAACAGAUAGAAGACUAUUGAGUAGAUAAAAAGUGAUUUAUUUGACUAAGACAAGCACUUAAAUCUAUUGUGCAAAGAUUUAGAUAAAAUCAAAUAGAAGAAAAGGGGUAAAAAGGAUGAGUUGAUGACUUAUCUUUUCAUGAAGUACUCUGAGUUAAUGCGAAUGCAGAGGUAGAUGAAUUUUAACAGUAUUGGAUAGAUCAACUUAUUUGAUUAUGGAUAGAAACAAUUCUAUGCUAUGAAGAAGUAGAUCAAUUCUGAUUUGGAAAACAAAAAGAAGAUCACAUAGACUUUGAUUGAAUAGAGUGGUAAAAAGGUGGUUAAAAAGUCUUUUGAUCACCAUGAAAUACAAGUUAAGUAAUUAAAUCUGAAUCAAGUAGAAAUUGAAAAACAGGAAAAUAUUUAACUAGAUAGUUAGAAAUCCAUUAAAAAAUCUAAAAGUAAAGAACUAUUAAGCAGUCCAGGUGAGAUAGAGUUCACUAGUCAAGAAUAGAAGUAAAAGUCUCAAAGCUUUAAACAAUCUAAAUCAAAGACUCAAGAAAAUUUAUCAGUAAAUUAGAUUGAAGAAUCUAUUUUGGAGAAAUAAGAAAGUCAAUAGGAUAAAUAGAUUGAGAGAACUGAGGUAAAUGUAUUUAACAGAACUGCCGGGAAUUUCCCUACAAUAAAUCUGCCUGAAGAAUCAAAUCCUAAUACUAUAGUGAAGUAGUCAAUCUAAAAGUAGAAAACCUUUGAAAUGAAAAUAGGUAUCACAGAGCCAACAUUGACAAGUCAAAAUACCUUAUCCCCAGAGAAAAGAUUAGAUUUAGUUGCAUUUGAUGAAGAUACUUCACAAACUAGUUUCACAAGAUAAAUUAGAUCUUAUGAAGAGGCAGUAGAACUAAACAGAAGAAAAUUAGCUUUGAGAUUCAAGAGAAGUUUCAACGGAGAACCAGCUUAGUCACAUCUAAAUGUAUCUUCAUAAUAGAAAUUCGAUAGAAAAUUGACACUCCAUUCAAACUAGGCUUCAGCCAGUUUGUUAGUUGGAUAAUAACUUGAUCCUUAUUGGAUUGAAAAAUCUAAUUAACUACUUAAGGAAAAGUAAUAACUGCUUAAAAUAAACAUGAAGAAUAUGCAUGAGCUAGACAGACUAUAAAGUGAAAAUUAUAGACUUAAAAAACAGAUAAGGCUUAUUAAUGAAGAACAAUCUUAGAUUUAGAAUGAAAGCAUUAUCAAUAAUAAUUAAUAAAAUCCUAAUUUCAAUCAGUUGCUCGACGAUCUAUUGAUGGAUGUUGACAAGAAUAAUGUUAGUAGUAUGUUUGAUAGUGAAAGUCUGGUGCAUAUGAUGGAAAGUGGUACAAUGAGAGUUAGAAGUGCAACAGUCGAUUAGGAAAUAUCUGCUUCUGGAUUUGAAUAUUUGUAAAGAAGGCCUACUAGUACAGUCUUCACUAGAAUAGAGAAUUUCGAUGAUGAAAAAAUUGAAGAUGAGAAUAUACUCGAGGAAUAAGUAUCUGAUAAAGAGAAUGAAGAGUAACCUUAAUGA